GAGCGAGGCGCGCGCGCGCACACACGCGCACACAGGGCCCCGCUCGCUCCGAGAUCCCCGGCCACGUAAGUAACUAUUAAUACCGCCUCGCCGGGAGUUGCGGGCGUGCUGAGCUCGGGGAUUGGCCUCGGGCACCAUCGGCCAUCCCCUUCAAUUUUAAAUACACAUUCUUCUUACCUCUGGGGAAGAAAGAAAAAAAAAAAAAAGACGAAGAAGAAAAGCCAUCAAUUUUCUCCAAAACAAACCCCACCGGGCAAUUUAGGUUUAGGGUCGGGGGAGACGGAGUGGUUGUAAAUUAUUCCAAGGCAAGACCCAGUUAUCCAGCGGGAAAGGAACGCCGCAGGUUGGCUGGGGGCUCAUCCCCUUCCAGCGCCCGGAGGAACCCCCUCACCCCCCCGGAAGCUCGUGCCGGGGGCAUCGGAGACCACGGAUCUACCCUCGUCCCUGGCCGCAGUUCUAGCUUUAUUCGGAGGACGAUCUGGAGCACGAGCGAGCAGCGGCAGCAUGAGCCUAUGCUGACCUCCGCCCGGCGGGCCAACCUGGGCUUUGUCGCGGUACCUGCGCCCGGCCCGCGCCGCAACUCUGUGCCCAGCUUUUGCAAUCUUUUGUUGGCAGCGCUGACCGCUCUAAGUUAAAUGCUCCCUUGCUAUUCUGUUUUUUUUUUUUUUUUCCCUUUUUUUUUUUUUUUUGUCUGUUUGUUUAAAUUUUGGAUAUCUCUUGCGAUCCUUGGAAAAGUCUCAGACGCCAUCUACAGUUAAAACGUAGGUAACUACCCUCUCCGGCGUCCCCCCCCCUUCCACGCCCCCCACCCUUUCCACCAAAAAAGGGGGUGCAGCGCGGAUUCUGUCUGCCGUGCGGCGCGAGCCGGUAGCCCCGUGCUUAUUUCCUUUUUCUUUUUGUUUGGUUUCUAACGCGUGGGGACCGAGCUGCGGCCGCGCGCGGCUCGAGGAUCGCGUAAACUACAGCAGGGCUCCCCCGCCCCGUCUGCGAUUCGGAAGCCUGCGUGGGGAUCGCUUCGGGAGACCUGGCGCUGCAGCUCCCCACCUUAGCAAUCGGGUCGCUCGUCUAGAUCCGCGCUGGAAAGAGAGAAAGAAAGAGAGAGAAACUAAAAGUGCGGAGAUUCUGCACAUCGCCGGCUGCUUUGGGGGUAACAAAAGGACCCGAAUUCCUGCCGACUGAGCACCCCCGGGAGCCGGGCUCGGAGCCGACAAGGUGCCUGGCGGCGCCCAUCUGGGGGCUUCCAACUCUCUUCUCCACGUAGCCCCCUUCCCGUCCCCUCCCCUCUCGUUCCGUUUUAAAAUCCGUGGCACGGAGGCGCCUGCAGCCGCGCUCGCCCGCGACUCAUCUCUCCAGCGGGUUUUUUGUUUGCCGAGUGCGAUCCCCACACUCAUGAACAUACACAGGUCUACCCCCAUCACAAUAGCAAGAUAUGGGAGAUCGCGGAACAAAACCCAGGAUUUCGAAGAGUUGUCGUCUAUAAGGUCCGCCGAACCCAGCCAGAGUUUCAGCCCGAACCUCGGCUCCCCGAGCCCGCCCGAGACUCCGAACUUGUCGCAUUGCGUUUCUUGCAUCGGGAAAUACUUAUUGUUGGAACCUCUGGAGGGAGACCACGUUUUUCGUGCCGUGCAUCUGCACAGUGGGGAGGAGCUGGUGUGCAAGGUGUUCGAUAUAAGCUGCUACCAGGAAUCCCUGGCCCCGUGCUUUUGCCUGUCUGCCCACAGCAACAUCAACCAAAUCACCGAAAUCAUCCUGGGAGAGACCAAAGCCUAUGUGUUCUUUGAGCGAAGCUAUGGGGACAUGCAUUCGUUUGUCCGCACCUGCAAGAAGCUGAGGGAGGAGGAGGCGGCCAGACUGUUCUACCAGAUCGCCUCGGCCGUGGCCCACUGCCACGAUGGGGGGCUGGUGCUGCGGGAUCUGAAGCUGCGGAAAUUCAUCUUUAAGGACGAAGAAAGGACUCGGGUCAAGCUGGAAAGCCUGGAAGAUGCCUACAUUCUGCGGGGAGAUGACGACUCCCUCUCCGACAAGCACGGCUGCCCGGCUUACGUGAGCCCAGAGAUCUUGAACACCAGUGGCAGCUACUCGGGCAAAGCAGCCGACGUGUGGAGCCUGGGCGUGAUGCUCUACACCAUGUUGGUAGGGCGGUACCCUUUCCAUGACAUUGAGCCCAGCUCCCUCUUCAGCAAGAUCCGACGUGGCCAGUUCAACAUUCCAGAGACUCUGUCGCCCAAGGCCAAGUGCCUCAUACGAAGCAUCCUGCGGCGGGAGCCCUCAGAGCGGCUGACCUCGCAGGAAAUUCUGGACCAUCCUUGGUUUUCUACAGAUUUUAGCGUCUCAAAUUCAGGAUAUGGUGCUAAGGAAGGGUCAGAUCAGCUGGUGCCGGAUGUCAACAUGGAAGAGAACUUGGACCCUUUCUUUAACUGAGCUCGUGCCCCACAGAGACUUAGCAGGUACCAGGAGCGAGAGAGGGCCGCGGAGAGUCCUUCCAGGGGACACGGAUCGCCUGGCUUGGUAGCAAGAAAGACACUGACACUCAAGUUUCUUGAUUCACAGAAGGAGAACCUUCAAGGAGCUGACUGAACAUGGAGCAUGGGCGCGAGAGACGCGGGGUGGGGAUCUGGGGUAGGGUCCGCGGGGCGGGUGCCCCGGAGCUUCUCUUCCCUGAUGGAGCCCCUCUGGAGAACCCCCGGUCCGUUGGGCUGCUUCUGCCUACCCCACUUUUCAUUUGUUCCAAAAUAGUUGCAGAUCCCAACAGAAUCAAAACUCUCUGCCUCAAACACACAUCUUGGCAUCGCACUGUUAGCUUUUAACUUCUUGUCACGAUUCAGGGAAGGUACAAUGGGCCAAGGAUUUUGUUCUUUUUCUUUUUCUUUCUUUCUUUCUUUCUUUCUUUCUUUCUUUCUUUCUUUUUUAAACAAGACAACCACCUAUCUGAUAAUCAAUGCGGUUCAUUAAACAGCAACAACAAUAAAAUUCGGUGCACACAGACUGACCAGAAACCUGGGUGCUAACCUAAAAGAAAAUAGAAAUCCAGUUUGUGUCUCUUAAUCUCUUAAUUGCUCUUUUAACUCAUUUCUUCUAAAUAAACUAUUUAAUAUCCUGGUCAGGAAAUGACAUGUUGAUGCUUUGCUCCCUGAAGGGGAAAAAAAAAAAUCUGUUCUUUAACAAGCUAUUCUGUUCUGUGUCCGUGGGUUCGUGGCAGGAAGCUGUUAGAAGUCAAAAUUCUAGAUGCAUUAACUGCUUUCAUAGUCUAAGGAAAGAAAAGGAAGGGAAAGGAAAGGAGAAAUUCACUCCUGAGUUUUUUGUUUUUUUUUUUUUUUCUUUUUCCUUUGAACGAUAAAGGCUGCCUCAUAGGGGGUCCUCUCUGCCGGGAUGGGGGCAAAGGGGGCGAGAUCACGGGAGAUGCUUGGAGUCUGAAGCUUAUAGGCCACUCUGGUCUCAGCUACACCUUUUGUCUUUGUUUUAUUGGAAACGAGUGAAACCAAGCAGGUUGUCCCACUUGUAUGAAAUACAGGGCAGCUAUUUCCUUUUCUUUAGGAAGAAUGAUCCUUUUCACUUGGCAGGCCCUCUGGUUUGGACAGAAACCCUCGGUAGAGACAAGCGGGGAGAAAAAUCAGCUGGAAGCUAGGAUGAUAUAAAUAAAAACAGCUCUCUAUCCCAAUACGCACCUUUGUAUUUUCAAGAAUCCUUCUAUUUAUUAAGGAAAAUGUCACAUUGUGAUGUAUUAAGCCAGUUUUUCAAUUACGGGUUGACUUGGGAUGACAUGUUACAUGCUGUAGUGAAUAACAUCUAUAUAUUUUUUCUUGUUUGAGUAUUUCUGUCCCUGAAGUAACCUUUUGUUUGGCUUUUCUAGAUAGCUUUAUUUGAUUUCGAGUGGCAAACGUUUUUUUAUUACGGCUUUUCUAUUUGCUGUAUGAUACAGAACUCUUUCGGCAUAAAUAUUUGUGUUUCCAGUACCUCACUUGUUUGGAUUUUACUGCCUGUAUACGUUUUGUGAAAUGGUCCUGUUUUUGGGUAGGUAACACGUGGACUCUAGUGUGUAAAUGUUACUUGAAUCUGUGCUUCAUUAUAGUACGUGGCAUGUGUGUGCAAAUCUUGGAUGCUUUAUGCCUGUUCAACAGGAGCCCGGCCUUCACGUUCCCAGGAGGGUGGCUUCACCGUUCAUAGUCAGGAGACAAGGCGGCCAUGGAUUUGCCCUUGAUUCUGUUUUGAUAAUGGAAGAUAGAAAGGAGAGGGUUUUUUUUUUUUGGUUUGGGGGUUUUCUUGUUUGUUGUUUUGUUUUGUUUUGUUUUUUUACAUUCUAAAGAUGGUGCUGUGUCAAGAAGGACCCGUUUUUCUUCCCCGUCCCCUAUUUUUUUCAGUACCCCGUAGGAGGAAAGGUUGGUGACGUGCAUGGUGGGAAUCUAUGGCCUCUGGUGCUUUGUCCUGUAUUUGGUUUAAUGUUUUUGUCCUAAUCUCUUCAAUCAAUAAAAUUGUGCGUAUUUAACUAAAA